CCCGGGUUUCCUGUAAUUUUAUUUUUCUUACCGCCCUAAGCCCACACACAGGCUCCCCGAGAGCUCCUGUACUGCGCUGGCUUCCUCUGUUCGCAUCAAUCCUCUGCGAUUCUCGCCAAGAGGCUCUGUGUGGCUGUACGUGAAGCCUAUAUUACUGCCUCAGUUUUAAAUCUGUUGUCGCUAUAAAAUUCUAAAACCAUACACAAAUAGGGGAAGUAUCGUAAUGAAAAAGACUCUUUCCGUGCUUCAUCGUCUGCUCUCGUCCUCUUCAUUCCCGAGGAGAAAUUGUUUAGGCAAAAUGAGCACAAUAGCUGUACCAGUAUGUCCAAAAUUCAACUCUAUAAAAGAGAGUGAAAAUAAUAGAAGUGAUCUUUCUGGCUUCAAAUUUCGUCUUGUUUCAUAUAACAUUUUGGCUCAGGUGUAUGUGAAGAGUUCUUUGUUUCCGCACUCUCCCUCACCUUGUCUCAAGUGGAAAUCUCGUUCCAAGGCAAUACUAACUGUUCUCAAGAGCUUUGGGGCUGACUUCCUCUGCCUACAGGAACUAGACGAGUAUGAUAGCUUUUACAAAGGCAAUAUGGAGAGCCGUGGCUAUUCUAGCAUCUAUAUUCAAAGAAGUGGGCAGAAGCGUGAUGGGUGUGGAAUUUUUUACAAGCAUGACAGUGCAGAGUUGGUCUUAGAGGAGACAAUAGAAUACAAUGAUCUUGUAAACUUGGUUCAAGAUUCCUCCAUCUCAUGUGAUGCUAAGCACAUUGAUAUGCUAUCAGGUGGAAAUGAAGAUGCUGGACCAAAAGAUGGUUCAGCAACAAAAAAAUCACCGGAGGAUUCUGAAGAUCCUAAUGAUCCCCGUGUAAGAUUAAAACGUGAUUGUGUUGGAAUUAUGGCUGCGUUUAAACUUAAGGAUCCUUCUCAUCAUACUGUUAUUGUGGCGAACACUCAUCUUUAUUGGGAUCCAGAAUGGGCUGAUGUUAAGCUGGCACAAGCUAAAUAUCUCCUCUCUCGUUUAGCUCAAUUUAAAAUACUGGUAUCAAACAGAUUUGACUCUGCACCGUCAGUAAUUCUGUCAGGUGACUUCAAUUCAACCCCUGGUGAUAAGGUGUACCAGUACCUCAUUUCAGGCAACUCUUUACAGGUACCACAACUGGAAUGCUCAGGAGAUCUCCCUAUUCCGAUAUGCAGUGUCUAUGCAUUUACAAGAGGAGAACCAGCAUUCACAAACUGCACCCCUGGUUUUACUGGGACUAUUGAUUAUAUAUUCUUUUCCCCAUCUAGCCUCAUCAAGCCGGUUAGUCUUCUCCAACUUUCUGAAUCGGAUGCUCCUGACAUCGUUGGUGGAUUGCCAAACUACCACCACCCAAGUGAUCAUCUGCCGAUUGGUGCUGAAUUCACAAUAAACAGGGCGUAACCCCACGUAUUAAAUCUGCUUUAACCCAUGAUUGCUGCUAGCCCCUACCCUUUUGGAUGAACAUGGUCGAAGAAAAACAGACCAGCAACUUAGAUUAUGAAAAUUUCAAUCCAGCAGGAUGACACUUGUUUGGUUCAUUCAUUCAUUUGACAGAAGGUUUUGUAUCGAUAAAAAAAAGAACUGCAGCAACUUUGCGAUUCAAUUUUUGGUUCAUUUUUUUCACCAUGUAGCUAUGAAAAUUGUAGAAAAGCCAGUUGUGAAAGAGACACUUCAUAUUACAUGAAAAUAUCAUUGUUAAAUUCCAGGAUUUUGACAA